GAGAGAGAGAAAGAGGAGGACAGGCAGAGCCAGCGAGAGAGAGAAAGAAAGAGGGAACAUCUCCUGCAGGCAGUCAGGCUGUUGGAUCGUAGAGGCAGACGGAACUAGCUGGAAGAGAGAGUGUGUCCGUGUCUCACGCGCAUGCUUCCACACGCACACUCGUGCGCGCUCACACACACACACAAGCUCACACUCUAAAGCAGGCAGGCAGGCAGCAAGCAGCAGGUCACCUGGAGACUCGGGGGAGAAACAGUGGGCUAGAGCUGCCCUUUCCAGCGCUGCGUGGACCAGACCCAGAGCAUCUCUCCGACGUCCCCCUCCGCCGGUGACCCUCCCCCUUGAGAACCUGUGAGGAGAACAGAUCCCUGAGCAGGGCUCCAACCUCCAACCGCCGCCAUGAACUUCCUGCGCAGACGCCUCUCUGACAGCAGCUUCAUCGCCAACCUCCCCAAUGGCUACAUGACGGACCUCCAGCGACCCGACCCUCCUACUCCUCCACCCCCCACUGCCCCAGCGGCCGCUGCCCCUGCCCCAGCUACUGCUGCCCCAGCUACUGUCGCUCCUGCCCAGGUGCUGGCCCCGGCUCCUGCCAGGUCCCCUGCCAGGUCGCCCUUGGCUUCGCCGGCUCCGGAGCGGCGGCAGUCCAGUGGCGCGGGCUUCUUCAGCUCCAUCACCAACGUGGUGAAGCAGACGGCCGCGUCCGCCGGGCUGGUCGAGCCGCCGCCGUCUCCUCCAGGCGUCAGGAAGUUCAAGGUCCUCCUGGUCAUCGACGAGCCGGAGCACGAGUGGACAAAAGUCUUCCGAGGAAAGAAGGUUGAAGGAGAAUAUGACAUCAAAGUCGAGCAGGCUGAUUUUUCUGAGAUCAACCUUGUGGCUCAUGCUAACGGAACCUGCAAUGUGGACAUGCAGGUCAUAAGGCACGGCAUUAAAGUGGUGCGGUCCUUCAAGCCUGAUUUCGUUCUCAUCCGACAGCAUGCCUACAGCAUGGCAAAGAAUGAGGAUUUCCGCAACAUGAUUAUUGGGCUGCAGUAUGCCGGAGUCCCCAGUGUCAAUUCUCUGGAGUCCAUUUAUAACCUUUGUGACAAGCCAUGGGCGUUUGCUCAACUCAUCAGCACUUGCAAGAAGCUUGGCCCUGAUAAAUUUCCACUCAUUGAGCAGACGUACUAUCCAAACCAUAAGGACAUGAUAUCCAUGCCCACAUUCCCAGUGGUGGUCAAAAUUGGCCAUGCCCAUUCCGGUAUGGGUAAGGUGAAAGUGGACAAUCACAGUGACUUCCAGGACAUUGCUAGUGUGGUGGCCAUAACCCAGACAUAUACUACCACGGAGCCUUUCAUCGAUGCCAAAUAUGACAUCAGGGUCCAGAAGAUAGGCGGCGACUACAAAUCUUACAUGAGGACCUCCAUUUCAGGAAACUGGAAAUCGAACACAGGUUCUGCCAUGUUGGAACAAGUGGCCAUGACAGAGAAGUAUAAGCUGUGGGUAGACACCUGCUCUGCCAUCUUUGGAGGUCUGGAUAUCUGUGCAGUGAAAGCCAUACAUGGGAAAGAUGGGAAGGACUACAUCACUGAGGUGGUUGGAUCUUCUAUGCCUCUGAUUGGAGAGCACCAAGGUGAAGACCGGCAACUCAUUGCUGAAGUGGUUUUGGCCAAAAUGAACCAGGCAGGGAGCCGCCCGCCCCCACGCCCUCCCACAAGGCCCAUUAUCACCCCUGCCCAGCCCCCAGAGGGAGCCCCAGCAAAGGACGUCCUGACAGAAGCCACCAAGAUCCCUGGGCAGCGACCACCACCACAAGGGGGUCCAGCGCAGGCCCAAGAGUCUCAAACUCCGAGUAAGGAGUCUCCGUCAGAGCCAGCACCCCGCGGGCCCUCCCCAGAGCCCGUGCCCAAGCCUGCUCCAGCCCCCAUGACCCAGCAACCAAAGCCCCAGCAGCCCAAGCUCCAGCCACAAGGGGCGUCCGCACCCUCACCUGCUCCAGGCAAGCCCACAGAGCUACCCCCGAAACCUCAGUCCCCAAAGCCUCUGCCCCCUAAGCCAGUGCCUCCUGUUAGGAGAAACUCCAAACCUCUGCUCCAGCCAAAGCCCCAGACCCCACCUCCAGCCAAAGCCUUCCCAAAGCCUCCCCAACCUGAGGCCCAAAGCCAGGUGGUGGCAGCAGCAGCAGAUUCUGCCCCUGCGCAGGUACAGUCCCCAGCUAAACCCCGGCCCCCGCCUCCGACCAUACCAAAAGAUCAGCCAAUGACUGAAGCCCCCGCUCCCGCCCCUCCUGCCCCUCCUGCCCCUGCGGCUGCCCCUGCAACUGCCCCUGCGGCUGCCCCUGCCGAUGCCCCAGCAGAUGCCCCAGUGGAUGCCCCAGCGGAUGCCCCCGCAGAUGCCCCAGGACCCUCUGCUGCCUCUGCCCAAAGCCAGGAUCAGCCUCCUGUUGAGGAGCAGCCUGGAGCAGAGCAGAAGUCAACCCAUCCGCUGCUAAACAAAUCCCAAUCCCUGACCAAUGCCUUCAAUGCCUUCGGUGACACUUUCCGCUCCGGCAACGAGGAUGAAGCCAAGGCAGAAACCAUUCGAAACCUGAGAAAGUCUUUUGUCAGCCUGUUCUCAGACUAGUGCUUAUUUUAUGAGUUAGCCAACAAAAAAAAUGAAGCUUAACUGACCUAUUUGUGUCCUGGUCCGAGAUUAAGUCUAUGUAAAUGUACACAUUCUAUCUCCCUUCCUACCUGGCUUAUAUGUGUGAGAAGGCCAUGAAUGUGAAAUAUGGAGAGUGUUUGUACAGUAUCAGUUUGAGGUCAACAAAAUUGUUUGUGUUUGUGUUUAUAAGUCAUAUUAGUCUGAACAUGGCUGUCUGUAUAAGGAGGGGAAAGUUGAUGUACUAUUGCAUGGUUAAGAAACAUGGAUGUCAUCAGUAAGAGAAAAAGGGAAGGGUGGUCGUGUUGAGUUAUACUUUGUCCGUUGAUGUUGUAGCCUUAUCGUGACAGUGUGUUUUCCCAAAGACAUGUAGCUGUGACCUGUUUUCCUUCCUUUACCCACCCCUGCCUUUGCAUAUAUCUAUAGAUCAAUCUCUCAUAGAAUUCAGUAUAGAAACAUUAGUUCAAUAAUACCUCUUUGAAACAAGUGUCUUUUAAAAUCAAGCAAUUUUUCCCCAGUUCCAAGGUUCCUACGGUACUCAGUGCUGCAGAGCUGCUGUGCUUCUGCCCCAGAUCUUGACACUUCAUGUCUUGUCCCCCCUGGCUUUGGAUCCAGUUGCUUUUAUCCAUCAGUGCCAUGUAAGAGGUAGUGUGUCCUUGCGUAUCGUAUCGUAUUGUGUACGUGAGGUAUCUCAGGAGUUUCUCUUUAUUUUUGUAAAUUCAUUUAUCUCUACCUCCAUACUGUUCACGUUGUGUUCUGUUUGUACACAAUAUCUGCUUUUGCAUGACUCAGUGGAAGAUUCAUUAUUUUCUGUACAGGUGUCAAUAAAGAUGUGGUUCACCAUUC